AUGACCGCACAAUCAGUAAAGCUGGGGCCUUUAAAACAAUCUCAAAAUAAACACAAAUGGAUUCACAGUCAAGAUCUGUGUUUAUUAGAAAUAGUCUACUCGAUGUUGCCCGAUAUUCUUUCGACGUGUCGCAACCCUUAUAAAUCGUGGAAUGCCGCUCUCAAUGUCUUCAAUGAAAAAUCAAAUGUUCAGUUUAAACAGGGACGUACACUGAAGGAACGAUUCAAAGCAUUACAGCGCAGUUACACAGCUUUUUUAGCAAAAUCUGUUACCGCUAAUCAGAUUGGUUGUGUAACCGGUACUUCGGGUACGUUCCCCAAAGGAACACGUACAACUGAUGGUGUGCGCCCUAUGAACUCAGAACUUCAAGGAAUGAUGCAGAAAAUCAACAAAUCCUUGAAAAAUAUAGAUAACCUAAAUACCGCUGUGAUUGAUCAGACAAAAAGGUUGAGAGAUGAACAGGAUAUGGCAGGCUCGAAUUUGUCAUACACUGUUCAUGAUGAUCGCUCCGGAUCAUAUUCUAACUACACAAUAUUACAGAACACAUGUGGACAACGCUCUAUAGCAAAACGACGGUUAGUCGACUAUAUUGACCAUAUUGACGGUGAAUUGCUACGGAAAGAUGUAGCUAAUGUGCAGAGCGUAGUGUCAGGGCCAACCUCAAGGAGCGUAAGAAGUGGCCAACCUGAAACCCAUCUUUCAGGGUAUCCUGAUUCGAACGAAGCCAGCUACCCACAGAAUUCUUCUAAGACUGGAACUCCUCAACCAAAUAAAACUGAGUCUGCAGUACCAGAGUUUACCGAAUCCGUUUGUUUGGACGCGGGCAAUUUACCUCAAUUUAGACAAUUGCAAGAACAAAUUAAACUUUUAGAAGCCAAAAUAGUCUGUUUGGAUCAGACAUUAAAUAGUAAAGUAGAUCUGAUACUUAGCUAUUUGGGACAGCAUUCAGGAGCUCAAAGAAGUGUUGAAUGA